AAAUUACCAGUUUGCCUUACUUUAUAUAUGCUCUGCACAGAGCUCCCUUUCUUAAAUUCUUUUUCUUCAUAUUUAUAACUUGCUUAAAUUCAAAUAAUGGACAGCAUAUCUCGUCGUGCAAGAUUUCGUUUUGGCAAGAUGCUCAAUUCUGCUGCUGCUGUUAUCAAUCAAUCAACACUUCGUCGUCGAUCUCAUUUUGCCCGUUCUGCUACAACCAACAGCUAUGGACCGAUUCCUAUUGACGGUGAUAGUUCUAUUCCGCUUAUGUAUUCUUCUCAAACAAAUUCAACAGGCUCAAACAAUUCAAUCGUCUCUAUUCCAGGCCUCGGGAACGUUUCAAAUCUGAUCCAAGUCAGAUCCCUCGAACAAUCAAUGGAAAACGAUUUAAACGCGAUAACUUUGAGUGAGAUUAAUGGAAAAGGAGAAAUUGUUCCUUAUAUCAAACCAGAAACGGAUCAAUCAAAGAUAUUGGCUGGAUUCAUAAAAAUAGCAGAGUACAUGUACAUUACGGAUAAUCGAGAGUUAUUGGACAGAGAUGAGUUGGCAUCUGCUGGAAUAAGUCAUGUCGUUAGUCUCGGAAACGAUUUGCCACUGGCUGUAAGUGUCACUAGACGGGAUGGGCAUCUUGUAAUGAUUCCUCUCACUUUGUUUCAUGAAACUGAUGUGGAUCCAGUUCAACCGUUUAAGAACCUCUCUGCAAAGUUUGACAACGUCAACUUGUUCAUUGAGAACGCUCGUAAAAUAUCUCAAAAAGUUGUCAUCUACAGUAAAAAUCGCCAAUGGGCAUACUUUGUAGCGGCUCAGUAUAACGUGGAUUACUACGAGUUGGAGCCAGGAAAGGCAUUACAUCAUUUAAUGAAACUAACUGGAGAAGAAUGGGUUGAUCUACCAGAAAAGUGUAUGAAGAGAUUGAAAGAAUGGAAAAGUCUUGGAGAAAAACGAAGAGCUCAAUCACCAACUGAGAGAAAGUUGAGCUUGUCAAUUAAUAGUAUUUCUAAAUAAUUCUAAUAAUUUUUUUCUUUAAGAGAAGUUAGUCUGGCUUUUUAGAAAUCGGUACUUUUCUAUCUCGAUUAAGGUGAUAAUAUGAUUUAUUCUAAAUAAAUUCAAUUUGAAUUUC